AAAUGUGUGUGAAUUAAUACGUUUUGUGUGAAUCAAUCAACAUACGACAUGAUAAAUUAAAGUGUGCCACUUACAGAGUAUUUCUCUUUGUUACAUUGUGAUCCUAGAGCUGCAGCAUCCCGACCAAGACAAGAUCACAAACGAUCUGUCAAAUCUCCGUCGUGAGCGCGAGUAAACCGCGUGUGAACGUGAUAAAAGUGUGCUCUGCAAACAGCUGCACUGCCUUUGAAACACACGUUAGAGGCGCGCGCGCUAGAAACUAACACACAAGCGUGCGCCAAUAUCACCGCGGAGAACGUGUUACUAAUUUGAUAAAUAAACAGAGAGACCUUUUUCUAUUAUCGAAGGGCCGCGGAUUUUUUUUUACUCUCCGCGGGUUUUGUGUGUGUGUAAGGUUUUUAAAGGGUGCUUCCUUUGUUGUGCUGUGAGUGAGUGAACGAAACGGACUGAGAUGUCGCUACGCGCCAUACAGAAGCGGGAUAGGGAGAAAUUAUCGUCUUCCCAGAGGCAACAGUUUAUCAGCCACCAGCAGCAACAACAACUGCUUGGCCCUGGUGUUGGUGCAAUGAAUAGCGGCGGCGGUGAUGCCAGCAGUACGACGACCAACACGACGGCGGCGGCCAUGAAGAUGACAGCCCGUAGCCACUACCCGGACGGUCCCAUGAUGGUGGUCGACGGCAGUGCACCGGCCGUUCCUUCGGUGCAAUCGAUUAUACAGAGUCAGAAUGCAAAACGGAAACAGAAGGGAAACGCACCCGGGAACACACUACUAACCCGGCCCCAAUCAACGCUGCGGCGCUCCAGUUCGUAUCCAACGCUAGGCGUGCGCGGUUCACCAUCGAACAUACGUUCGGGGCUGCGCUCGAUCAAAUCGGAGGGCGAUCUUUGCGCCGGGAACCAUCGUCAUCGCGAGGGGCGUGGUGGUGUGGAGGCCGAGGGAUCGGGCGGUGUGUCCCGGAGCAGUGGGAGCAGCUUUAGCACCAACAAUCUCUACCUCGGUGCCAAGUCGGAAGUGUGUCUCAAGACGCUGGCCGUCAAGAAUAUGCAGCAGCACCACUCGGUGCAACUGUUCGCCAACGGGGCGCCACCAACGGCAGGUCCCGGGAGUGUCCGGAGCACCGGUGGGGCAUCAAGUACGACCACACAGCAGCCGUCGAAGCGGCUGUAUGAAAGCCGCCGGACAUCCGAGCUGAGCGGCAGCGAUUUCGGGGCAACAAACAACAAAGCCGAACUGCUGCACCACAAAGCCAACCAUGGCAGCGCCGUCCGCAUUCCCAUCGUCGGCUACGAGGUCAUGGAGGAGCGGGCUCGAUUCACGAUAUUCAAGCUACGCAUCGAAAACAGCAUCUCGCACACCUGCUGGCUGGUACUACGCCGGUACACCGAUUUUGUGCGAUUGAACAACAAGCUCAAAACGCUCUUCCCCCACUGUACGUUGGUGCUGCCGAGGAAGAAAUGGUUCGGCGAUAACUUCAGCAGCGGUUUCAUCGACAACCGGAUACAGGGCCUGCAGACGUUCAUCGAUACGAUCCUCGGCGAUGGCCUGAUGCGGUCGUGCACCGCCGUGCGAGACUUUUUCUGCCUCGACGAACCCCCAUCGUACUCGGAGAGCAUGGAAGAGUCGAGGGUCAUCUUCGAGGCCCAGGAGGAAACGAUCUCGCAGCUCAAGCAGCAACUGCAAACCAAAGAAGAUCUGGUGAGCGUCCUGCAAACGAAGCUGGCCACGGAGCAGAAUCGCAACAAGAUCUUAUCCAACGUCAUUCGGAAUAGUGUGGAAAAUUGUGCCAAAUGUUCAAAGUCCAUCGAUCAGCAGCUUAAAGAGGCUGUCCACAAAUAGCAUACACCUCCAUACCGCUAUUCGUAACCUUUUUACUGGCCAACCCGACAUAUCCCUGGCACA